AUGUCCGUCCAAGAUACUAAAGCGUUGGAAUUUUCCAUGGGUCACGUCAGGUCAUCUUCUGUGUCACUCGUAGCGGAGGCUACCUCAAAUGCGAACAGUGAAGACAAAUUAUCUAAGGUCCAGCUUUACGAAGAUUUAUGUCGAUAUGAAGAUACGUUGAGUAAAUUGGUGGAAUCUGUGGAUCGUUUCAAACCAAAUCUAGAUAUUGCCAAGGAUUUGAUUAAAAUUGAUGAGGACCUAUUCAACAACGUCAAACUGUUGGCCGAAUAUGACAAUAUCGAUCGCAGUUUACAGAAGAUUGACAAAGACUCCGAGGAAUUGGAUUCUAAAACCAAAAAGAUACUGGAAAUCUUAAAUGAAUGUCAUGACGAGUUAAGAGCACUACCGAUGCUUGAACAAGUAGAGUUCGAGAAGAACACAAUCCUACAACAGAGGUCCAAAAUCAAUUCCACAACGUUAUUGGAUUAUGCCACCAAGCUCUCCAAAUUUACCAAAAUACCACCAACAUUCGAUAAAGGAACUGUGGGACCCAAUAAUUUCGUAUGGCCCGCAGAGGAUGCCCUACGAAGAGGCAUGCUUGCUAUGGCCUCAUUACAUAGUAAGGAGCUAACUAGAAUACCCGGUGAAGAAGUAGAAGAAACAGAAGUACCGACCGUACCGCCAUCUCAGAAUGGAGUACAAAAGGAACAGAUAGCCGAAAAAGAAGGUACACCAAAGGUGGACUCUUUUAUAUUCAAUGGUACUGCUAAUAAAGACAAUGAGGAAGCAGGCAAUACCAAAAAUAAGGAAGAGGAAGAUAAUAAUGAUGAUGCCCUAGAUCUUGAUCUCGAUUUAUUUGAUCCCGACGACUUUUAG